AUGGCUUCGCAUCCCCAAGGAGAGGCCCUCGACGAUGUCGAGCACAACCCCCAUGCCUCGGCCAACAGAUGGCGCCACCAGGAGAGUUCAGCUUUCCUUCGCCAUGCCGCCGGUACCCACGGCCAUGCGCAACCCCGCGAUCCCCAAGAACGAGGAACUACCAACGACCUGGCCGAUUUCCUGAACCGCGACCGCGUCGAGCCUGAGAACCCCAAUGCUCUACCCAACUUUAAGCCCAUCAUGGUCGCUGCUGGUGAAGCCGCUGGUCAGGAGGAGCCUCGCGCAACGGCAACCCACGCUCAGGAGCAAGACGCUCCCGACGGCAGGGACAUCAUCUGUGGACCGCUGCUCAACUACCGUAGGAUGGACGAGACCAAGUGGUACGGAAGCGUCUUGAUCGUUACCAAGGGUGGUGGCAAGACCCAAAGCUUCGCACCGCACUUGGUUUUGCGCCCGGCGAAUGCGACAAACGUUCAGCACGCCCCUGUUGAGACGAACGGUGUCAACGGUGAGUUUUCCGACGCAGCAAAUGGCGCCAGCACAAACGGCACAGAGACCCAGGGUCAAUGUCUCUACUCUGAUCCUCGCAACACCUUCUGGGCCUUCGACUUGUCGCUCCCGCUCACCCAAACGGAGGCGAAGUGGGAGUACUCAAUCCCUGAUAUGCGAUUCUCAGUUGGCAACAUCAGGCCUGAUCGCUACCACUUCUUCGUCCCGGCCAUUAACGAGUCGAUGCGCAUCAUGUUCCACUCCUGCAAUGGGUUCAGUGUGGGCACUGACGAAGACGCCUGGAGCGGCCCCGCCUUGUGGAACGAUGUGAACCGACACCACAAGGAACGGCCAUUCCACGUCAUGCUUGGAGGAGGUGACCAGAUCUAUAACGACGGAAUCCGAGUCGACGGACCUCUGCGCGAAUGGACCGAGAUCUCGAACCCCAAGAAGCGCAGGCACUUCCCAUUCCCUGAGAAGCUUCGCCAGGCGUGUGACGACUACUACCUUAAAAAUUACAUUCGCUGGUACUCUACGGAGCCGUUUGCGACUGCCAAUGGCCAGAUUGCGCAGCUCAACAUCUGGGAUGAUCAUGAUAUCAUUGACGGCUUCGGCUCCUACGUCGACGACUUCAUGCGAUGCGACGUUUUCAGAGGUAUUGGUGGAACUGCUCACAAGUACUACAUGCUGUUCCAACAUCACCUGCCUCCACCACCAUCCACCUACACUUCGGACCACGCGACGACGUCCGAGAGCCAAGGACUUGACCCCAAUCAGCUCAUGGAUACCUACGUUGCACCUAGCAAGUCGGAUCUCAGCUACAUUGUUGGCAAACAGCCUGGUCCCUACGUCGCAGAACACUCACAUAACAUGUUCGCCCGGCUCGGUGCGCGAAUUGCCUUCCUUGGCAUCGAUGCUCGAACUGAGCGCACGCGCCAUCAAAUCAACUACCCGGAGACAUACGACUUGAUCUUCAGCCGUCUCAGACAAGAGCUCAAGGGAGCCCAGGAGUCUGGACGUCCGUUCAAGCACUUGAUUCUUCUGCUAGGAAUUCCAAUUGCGUACCCUCGCUUGACAUGGCUUGAGAACGUCUUCCGUAGUCCCAUUAUGGGUCCUGUGAAGUUCCUGAACCGAAGAUUCGGUCUCGCUGGUGGUGUUUUCAACCACUUUGACGGCAGCGUCGACUUGCUCGACGACCUUGACGACCACUACACAGCCAGAACUCACAAGAAGGAGCGCAACGCUCUUGUCGAGAGGCUUCAGGCCAUCGCGUCGGAGUUCUCAGUCCGUAUUACCAUCUUGGGCGGCGAUGUGCAUUUGGCGGCUAUGGGCCGAUUCUACUCGCAUCCUCGCCUGAACAUUCCCUCAGAGAACGACCACCGCUACAUGGCCAACGUGGUCUCUUCUGCCAUUACCAACAAGCCACCGCCAGCGGCGAUUGCCAACUUGCUGGCCAGGAGAAACAAGAUCCAUCACCUGAACCACGACACGGACGAGACGCUGCUGAAGUUCUUCGACAAAGAUCCUGGCGACUCGAGCAAGACUUCCAACUCGAACCAUGUGACUAUGCCCAGCCGUAACUUUGCCAUUCUCACGGAGAACUCGCCCAACAAUGGACUGGCUGCGCCCACCAACGGCGAUGCGCGGUCUGUGAUUUCCGGCAAGGGUGGGCACGAUUUCCUCCACGUCGGCGAAGUUGAAUCGGGUUCAAAGCACAAGGCAGCCGGAAAGCAGCACGGCACCGGUAACGAUGGCAGCUUGGAUAUCUGCAUCCGUGUCGAGAUCGAUCAACAUAACCGCGAAGGCAUCACCGAGGGUUAUGGUGUCACUGUUCCCCAGCUCAAGUACAACAACCAUCCAGAGCCAGUUGGGCCUUUCCCUGCGCAGGAGCGUGAGAAUGGACAUGACGAAUGA